AUGAAGAAAACACGCAGCCUUAAGGAAAUUCUGGUGCAGUUGAAUGCUAGUAAGAAGUGUGUAGGUAAGCGAUUGAGGGCCGAUAGCUCUUCGAUUGAAAAGCUUCCGAUUGGUAGAAGGAGGAGACUUAGAAGCGGUAGAGACCAAGUUUCUGAGCAGGAGUCUAGUGGGGUGUCUCCAGUUGAAUGUGUGGAUGUGCAUGAUGAUCUCGAUUUCAGUGGAGGGGGUGGCAAGAAAUGUGAGAGUUCGUGUUCUUUAAAAUCGAGUAAAAAUGGGAAAAGGGAUGAUUUGAGGAUGAAUGUGAGAAGAAAUUGUAGAGUGAGUGAUGAUGAAGAGGAUUUGGAAAUUAUAUGUGAGGUGUUUAAUUCUCCUCAUGCGAAAGUGGUGAAAAUUGAGGGAGAUGAUGAGCAUGAGCAUGUUUUGGAAAAAGGUAUGGAUGUUCUUAAGUUUGUUGAGGAGAAAAAGCAUGAGGUUAGUAAUGAUUCGCUUGUUUGCGAUGCUCCUAUGAGCAAUGAUGAUAAUAAUGAUGACGAUGAUAAGAAGAAGAAAGGAGGAGAUGAUGAUGAGGGAAAUGGGGAGAGAAAGUCUUUCUCAGAUAAUGAAAGUGAUAACAGGUCUGGUAAUUUAAACAAGGAAAGGAGGAUUGAAAUUAUGAAUAAGAGCAAUGUCAAGAAUGAAGUCAAGAAGAGUACUACAGAUUCCCAAGGUGUGGUGAAUCGUCUUCGAUCAAGUUCAGCUAAGGAGACUGAAAUGAUGGCAAUCAACAUUAUCAACCCUAUUACGCCUGAGGAGUUUGAUGAGAUGAGUUUUUCUUCGGAGAGUGAUAAUGGUGACAACAGUGAUGACAACAGUAGAAACAACAGCAAUGAACAUGAAAGUUGUGAGGAAGAUGUCUGUAAAGAAAGUGGAGAGAGUCAAAUUGUCGCAAAAAGCAAUGAACAUGAAAUUGUUGAGGUGACAACCACAAAAAGCACAGAUAAGGUUGUGCCAUUGAAUGCAAAAAAUGUUAGCCAGAUUCUGGCCAAUUCUUUAUUAGAUGUGGGAGAAGGUCAGCUGGAAAAUUUUACUGCAACCCAUGGGAUAGAACCGGUGAAAGAAACUUCUGUGUACAAGUUUAGGUUUACAGACGAAGAUUUAGAGCCAGUGGAGAAAUCUGAGUUUGAGAAAGAAAUUGAGAAGUUGUUUGCAGAAAUGGACAUGCACCUUACUUCUGAACAGAUUGGUUCCGCUCCCUUGGAGGAUGUUGAUACUGGUGCUCUCAUCACGGCACAAACUGAUUGUGCCACUCUUUGUAGUCGAGGCAUUCAUCAUCUUGUUUUUAAAGAAGAAGUUGGAACUGUGUGCAAAUAUUGUUCACACGUGGAGCGCGAGAUCAGAUACAUUCUCCCCUCUCUUAGCAAGCCUUCUUCACGAAGGCGUGAGAAGAAUUCUUUUGCUGAAGCAGAAUGCCCUUUUCUCCCGGAUCACUUUCAAAUCACUGGUGCUGAAAAUCAUGUUUCUAAAAAUUACAAAACUACGGGAACUGUUUGGGAUUUGAUACCAGGGACUAAGAGCACCAUGUAUGAGCACCAGCGUGAAGGUUUUGAAUUUAUCUGGAAGAACAUAGCUGGUGGAAUCAUGAUCGAGGACUUAGAGAAGCCGCUCUCUAGUUCUGGAUCAGGAUGCAUAAUAUCACAUGCCCCUGGUACAGGAAAAACACGCCUUACUCUUGUAUUUCUUCAAUCAUUCAUGAGGAUGUACCCAGAAUCUAAGCCCGUAAUUAUAGCUCCCAAGAGCCUGCUUCUUACUUGGGAAGAGGAGUUCAAGAAGUGGAAUGUGGACAUACCAUUUCACAACCUGAACAACCUGGAGCUCUCGGGCCAGGAAAAUGCAGCAGCUGUAGGCUUGUCGAAGAAAGGAAGGAGCAGCAAGAACAAUGAAACCGUUACUCGCUUAGUGAAGCUGUUUUCUUGGAAAUUGGACAAAAGCAUUUUAGGAAUAACCUAUGGCUUGUUCGAAAAACUUGUAGGAUCAGAGACAAGAAAAGUUGGAGACUGCAGCAAUCCAGUAGUACAGCAGAUGGGGAAAUCUCUUCUCAAGCUUCCUAGUCUUUUAGUCCUCGAUGAAGGACACACACCUCGCAAUAAUGGAAGCUAUAUUUAUCGUUCUUUGUUUGAGGUUGAGACAGAGAGGCGCAUCAUUCUGUCAGGAACUCCCUUUCAGAAUAACUUUAAGGAGCUUCAUAAUACCUUGCGCCUGGUGAAUCCCAAAUUUUCCAAGACCUCAAAAACUGAAUGGGCUUCUUUGACAAAAAAACUCAAGAAGCUGAAAGAAAUCAUCAGUCCUUUUGUGCAUAUACAUAAAGGAAGAAUACUUCAAGAAAACUGUCCUGGUUUAAAUGAUGCCAUGAUUCUUCUUCGCCCCACGAAUUUGCAGCAAACACUACUAGACUUGUUAAUUGAUUUGGUGAAGCCCAGGGAACAGGAACAGAGAACUAACUACCUCCAGUUUUCACAUGUACUGUCCAUAGUAUCCGUCCACCCCUCGCUCUUACCUGACAGUUGGUUUCAGGAAGAUCAAUUUUCCGCUUAUAGAGAUAGGCUUGAAAGGCUAAAAAAUGAUCCUUAUUCUGGUGCAAAGACGAAAUUUGUGAUAGAACUAUGUAGGCUGAGUGAGGCAUUAGAUGAAAAGGUACUGAUUUUUAGUCAAUUUAUCGACCCAUUAGUCUUCAUAAGAGAACAGCUCCAGACUCAAUUCAAGUGGCUUGAAGGAAGAGAGGUGUUAUAUAUGCAUGGAAGUCUCGAACCAAAGCAGCGCCAAUCCUUAAUCACUGCUCUGAAUGAUCCCAAAAGCAAAGUGAGGGUACUUUUGGCAUCAAUAAAGGCUUGCUCUGAAGGCAUUCAUCUUGUGGGGGCUUCAAGAGUUGUUUUCUUGGAUGUGGUCUGGAAUCCCUCUGUCGAAAGGCAAGCAAUAAGUCGAGCAUACCGAAUAGGCCAGAAGAAGAUUGUUUACACUUAUCAUCUUAUUGCAGGGAAGAUGGAGGUUGACAAAUACAAACGUCAAAUUCAGAAGGACCGGUUCUCAGACAUGGUUUUCUCUUGCAAAGACGGCGUUGGCAGCUGCAAGGAAAAUAUACCGAGUAAGGUCUUUGAAGACAAGAUUCUGGAAGAGAUGUUUCAGCGCAAUGACAAGCUCGGUGGCAUGUUUGAAAAAAUUCUGUACCAACCAAGAGAAUCGGACUUGGUAGAUUCUUUUGAUUUGGUAGAAAAAUAACUGCGAUGCCUACAAGGCAGCAAAAUGUUCGAAAUGAUCUUCAAAUUCGAGUGGAUGAAGAGUGGUAUGUGCCUGUCAGAGUUGCAUUUUCAAUUUUUUUCUGUUUAUGUUGCAGUAAUAAGUCUUGUUGAAGCAGCAAAAUUAUAGAUUUUAUUUUAAAAUAUUUAUUGAGUGAAUGACUGAAUGAUAAGAUUCAGUUCACUGUCAAUUCAGUGGAGGUGGAGAUGUAAUAAUGUGAAGUACAUCUGUCUUGUUGCAUAUCGGAAACUAA